CUGACUACGACAGGAUUAGGAAACAGAACACUAAAUAAUAAGGAACAUAAAUAUGAAAUGUGCAUCCUCGCAUAGAGCAGAACGAUGCCCUGGCAAGGAGCAUGCGUAUACCUGACCAUGCAUGUCUAGGAGAUAAACAGCGAGUUAAACGGCUGUUUUCUGACCACGAAAACAUUAGGGAAUCAAACACCGACCGCUCACCAUAUGGCUGAGAACACAGCUAAUAAUACGUCAAUUACGGGCGUGUAAUGCAAACGGAGAUACAGACGGCUCUGUAACUGUUGAUUGUAUCCUCCAAGAAUCUAAGACUGCACCUAUAGCCGCCUCCUCAUCAUCAUUAACACCUGGCAACCACUCACACAAUCAUCGGGGGCUGCUGUUCUCUAUUAAAAGACACUCGGUUUUUAAUGGUUGUCGUCUUGUAAUGUCAUCACGUCAGCCGCGCAGCCAUUAGAAUAAAGCACAAGACUGCAUAGCUACGAUUAUAUCAUGAUGAAGUGGCUGUCGUUUCAAGUUGUGGUCGUGGUCGUUGUCGCGGCUGUCACACAGACCAAGGGACAAGGCAAGUGGCACUACAGAACGCAAGACGACGGUGACAUGCACGGAGGGGUGCCGAUGGGUAUCCCCAACGACCAGUGCGAUAACGCCAGGGAUCAUCUGGAGGUCGACUGGGAUAAGUCGAGAGAGGACUACGAAUGUAUGGGAUCAACUUACACAAAUGAAAUGGAUCCGGCAACUUUGCAACCUGCGCAGUGUUCUACUCUUCUGGACCCGCCGAUCCACGUAUGUUUGCCCCAGCCCAUCACCUAUCGCGACCCAAUCCCGACAUCAGGAGCACACCGCCCCCUAUGGGCCAAGUUUGGCGAGUACCUGUACCUGCCGAAGCAGCGAUGGCUGCACAAUCUGGAGCACGGCUGCGCGGUGUUCCUGUACCACCCUUGCGCCGAUCCUCAGCAAGUCCAAGAGAUGCGAGUCAUUGCCGAUCUCUGCCUGCGGAAACACAUCAUCACUCCGUUGAAGGAACUGUCCAGAGAAACGCCAUUUGCGGUACUUACCUACGGGUGUAAACUCCUCCUGCCUUACGUCGAUGCAGACCGAAUCAUCAAGUUUCUCCAAGAUCACGCCCUGGAUGCACCCGAGUCCCGCGUGACGGAGGACGGACAAUUUGGGGUCGGACUGGAACGGCCGGCACGUCAGCACAUGUACAUGGAUGACAGCCCCAGUAGCAUCUGCCAAAAUUUUCAAGUAUGGGAGGAAACUUUGUAGGGAACUGAAUGCAGGGUCUGGGCAGGGAUUAAUUGCCAUUACUGCUGGGUGGGGACUUUUUGUCGAGGACAAAGUGGGAAUCUGCACAAAGCUGGAAUUCCCAAUUUGCCUGGGUGGGCAAAGUGGGCAUUCUAAUACUGCCUGGCAAUGUAGGAAUGAAUCCAGAACUUAUACAUGAAUCCAUUUGCAUAAAAGUUGUAAUUAAAAAAUGAUUCCUACUUUGCCCAGGUCCAGUAAUAGCGCAAUGUGAAAAUGUUGCCGAUGAUCACUUCCGGCACCUCCCCCUUAGGUUCAAGUAGGUAAGAAAUAGGCCUAACCUUCCAAAAUAUUGGCAUUCCCACUUGAUUCCAACUUGAUUCCCACUUUGCCGAAGUUUUGCUACAGCGCACUGUGGGAAUGCUGCCCGCAAACUGUCAACAGAUACAUUUCAGAUAGCGGUUUUGCUGGACUAAAUGUUAGAUGUACAACUGCAUUCCUACUUUGCCGCGCAGUAUUGGAAUUUCCACUUUGCCCUGGGCAAAUUCAGAUUUGCCCAGAUUCCCGCAUUGCGCAUGACACCUUGAUUACUAGAGUAUUUGUGAGUGGUUUAUGCUACUCAUUGUUCUACUGGUGAUUUUUAAUCAGCUUGAGUACUUGUCAUGGCAUGAGCAGAAGCAGGUACUCACGAGUAGCAAUUUGUUUCGUAGGAGUAUUGAUCGACCGAGUCAACAAGAAAUGACUCGGUGCAGAAUUUGCUGUGACUGGCAAGCAGUUUGCUUGUUGUUACUUUGAAUUCACAUCAUAAUAUGUACAUGUCAUUUUUUCUGCUUUUGCAGGAAUUUAGUUAACUACCCACGAGUACUCGACUGCUCGCGAGUAAUUUCUCUUCUAGUACUCGAGCUGAAAAAUUACCAACUUAAAACUCGCCCAGGUCUAGCAACAGAAAGCAGAUAAAUGAUGUAUGUGUGUAAUUAAAUGGAAAAAAAGAGAAGAAAAACGAGAAACAAAAUACAUAGAAAGGUUGAAGUUUGACAAUGGUACACCGAUAACAAUUCUUAUUAUAAUAUUAUGGUUUUAGUAAAACGUGUAGUUUUGAUAGAUUUUGUUUUGUUUUGUAUAAAGGGGUGCAUUAUAAUUAGUAGUGCGAUGAUUUAGAAAUGCUUUUAAACGUAUAGUAACAAUUUAGUAAGUGGGAAAAAGAAAACAAAAGCUAGAAAGGGGUUCCUGAGUGAGUCUAAGAAAAACCAGUGAUGUAGUCAAGUUCAUCACAAGUCCCUGCAAGUCCAUCACAAGUCCUCCAGUCCCAAUUCAACUCACAAGCUAUUCAAAUGAGCUUUGACAAAGGCAUUCCUUUGUUAUUGUUCAUCCACUGUUACUUGUGACUGGACUUGUGAUUUACUUGUGAUGGACUUCAUUAUAUCCCUGAGAUAAACAAUACAGGUGUC